CAGAGAGAUUAUGUAUGCAACUGUGUGGUGGAGAAAUUAGAGAAUAGCGUGAUUAAACGGAGAUGGCCGCCGUUGCAACCUCCGCUUACGGCAGCUGUAUUCCCGCCAAUUUGCUCUAUUCCCCGCUAAAAAUGACCAACCAGAUUUCAUCCCCGCCGCCAUUGUACAUCUCCACAAACCCAUCCCACGUAAACCCAAGCCAUCUCCAGCACCUAUACGCUCUCUGCAACCACUCCUGCCACCGCUUCCCUAAGUUCGACUCCGACGGCCGCGUAGAGCUUAUAGACGUCGGCAAACUCCGAACUGCUCUGUCCAAUAGCUCCGUUGUCGUAUCGGUCUUCACGAAACCCGAAUUAGCUAAUGAUUUAUCGUCCACUGCUGAAGUCGGCACAAGAUCGAUGGGCAUUGGUGGGAAUUGGAUUCAGCGAGUGAUGCCGGUGACUCCAGAUAACGGGAAGCUUGUGGGGUUUGGACGCGCUGUUUCUGAUUUAGGGCUAACUGCUUCCAUCUAUGAUGUCAUGGUGAUCCCUUCUCUCCAGGGUAGAGGAAUUGGGCGGAGGAUUGUACAAAGAAUUAUAAGAAUGCUUACUGGCAAAGGGGUGUACGAUAUAUCCGCCCUUUGCUCUGAGAAAGAGGGGCUAUUCUUUAAAGCAUGUGGAUUUGGAGAAGAUAUUCUUGGUUCCACUACAAUGAUGUAUACUGGGACAUCUAGCUGUCCUGAUGCACAUCAGACUGCUAUAUAUGCUGGCAGAAAGCUACUUUUAAGUCCCCCAUCAAGACAAUAGUAGAGUUCGUAAUCUCUCUUUCCAUGACCGUGCAGAUGCAGAAUGCUCUGUUCUUCAGAUAAUUGGAUUGCAAUCUACGUAGAACUUCUAUUGACUGGCCUCAAAGUUGAAGGGUUCCAUAGGCACUCUAUUCCAUUUACUGAUUUACCGCACAGCACUCUUCAGGCAGUAAGUUAAUGGAGUAGGACUUUGUGCUCCUUGUGAGCACUGGGUUAAAGUGUUUCCCUUCUUUAGACCAGCUGAAAGGGAUGUGUUGCAUAGCCAAACAAUUUCAUAUACCAUUCUAACA